AUGGGCGCGCCGAAGGACCACAACAGCGACAAGCACAUCACCUUCGAGGACGGACUCAAUGAUGGCCCUUCAAGUGCCAGCGACGAGGACCACAAGGCGGUAGAGGUCAUGUUCGACCCUUCGAAUCCUUACCGGAGGAAGAGUUCCCUUGUCGCAGCCGAGACUCCCCCGCCCAAGAUCCGACAGUCCAACAACAAAGCGCACUGCGUAGUCCACCAGUUUCUCGAGUCACAAAGGCGCGCCCAAGCUGCAGGUACCCCUCGGGUCGAGCAUGCUACCGUUGCGAACCACAACUCUGAUGCGGCUGAGGAGCUUGGCCUGAACCGCAAGGUCGAGCCGAAGGGAGCACAUCACCAUAGAUCAGCUCGAGGCUCUGGCGCCAAUACACCUGCACUGGCCGUGGACUUUAGUGACGGAAGCGAAGCCGGCCAGACGGACCAGAAAGAGUGGAGGCAGGAGAUCGCCAAAUCGGCCUCCCAGAUUGAUCUCGAUGCUGCAGAGCAUGACAUUAUGCACAGCCGCCUCCUCACCAAGAAGCAGCUGAGCGAGAUGGCUUGGGGCGUGCGCGAGCUAAGCCGGAGACUGGGCAGCAUGAGGCUCAAGUUCAGAGUCAAGACCAUCUUCCUGCUCACCAAGAUUUACGACCAAGACUUGGUCCCGAAGACGCGGGAACUGACGCGCUGGUUGUUGGACAAGGACAGAGACGUCCGAUAUACCGUGUACCUGGAGCGAAGCCUCAAAGACAAUAAGAAGUUCGAUGCGGCCGGGCUCAUUGAGGAGCUACAGAAGGACUACGUCGAGGCUGGAGAGGUCUCCGAGGAGGCGAGCAAGGACAUCGCCAGGCGUUUGCGCUGGUGGGAUGAGGGAAUGCCGCGGGCGAGGCCGCAUACCUUUGACUUUGUCAUCACUCUUGGUGGCGAUGGCACGGUCCUAUAUGCCAGCUGGCUCUUCCAGAGGAUCGUGCCGCCCGUCCUGAGCUUCGCCCUCGGCAGCUUGGGCUUUCUCACCAAAUUCGACUUUGAAGGCUAUCAAAGUACCCUGACGACAGCGUUCAAUGAGGGUGUCACCGUGAGCUUGAGGCUGAGGUUUGAGGGAACGAUCAUGAGAAGCCAGAAGAAGCCCAUGCCCCAAUUGUCAGAUGGCAGCCAUGAUGAGCUGGACGACGAAGAGGAUAUGCGGGAUCUAGUCGAGGAGCUUAUCGGCGAGGAGAAAGACGAUGAGCACACUCAUCGACCGGACGGAACCUUCGAGAUCCUGAACGAGGUCGUUGUGGACAGAGGUCCUAAUCCUACCAUGUCGUACACCGAGAUCUUCGGCGAUGACGAGCAUUUUACCUCCGUCCUGGCCGACGGCAUCUGCGUCUCCACGCCCACGGGCUCGACGGCCUACAACCUCGCCGCUGGGGGAUCCCUCUGCCACCCGGAGAACCCGGUCAUGCUGGUCACGGCCAUCUGCGCGCACACACUGUCCUUCCGCCCCAUCAUCCUGCCCGACACCAUCGUCCUGCGCGUCGGUGUCCCCUACAACGCCCGCACCUCCUCCUGGGCGAGCUUCGACGGCCGCGAGCGUAUGGAGCUCAAGCCGGGCGACUACGUCACCAUCAGCGCCAGCCGGUACCCCUUCGCCUCGGUGCAGGCCCCCGGCCGCCGCAGCGAGGACUGGGUCAACAGCAUCAGCGGCAAGCUGGGCUGGAACACGAGGCAGAAACAAAAGGCGUACAAGGAGUGGGAUAAAUGA